GGAAGGGUGAACAGUUCUGUUUCUUUCACUGGCUCACAAUAGGCCAGGAGGACUAGGAGUACUGAUAGUUCUGUACUCACAGGGAUGAACAAUUAUUAACUGCUAAGCUAUCUGACUAGAGUUCUUGACAUAAUGCUGCAUAAAUGGGACUUUAAUCAUGUGGCAGAUAGCUGACCAGCUUCCUUGGAUUUCGCUGACGACACCACUUCCUUUGGCCUGAAGAUGGAAACGCUGGAGUCGGAGCUGACUUGCCCUAUCUGUCUGGAGCUUUUCGAAGACCCUCUGCUGCUGCCCUGUGCCCACAGCCUGUGUUUCUGCUGCGCUCACCGCAUCCUGGUCUCCCACUGCGCCUCCAACGAGUCUGUGGAGUCCAUCAGCGCCUUCCAGUGCCCCACCUGCCGUUAUGUCAUUACCCUCAACCAGAGGGGCCUAGAGGGACUCAAGCGCAACGUCACCCUUCAGAACAUCAUCGACCGCUACCAGAAGGCUUCGGCGAGCGGGCCCAACUCCCCCAGCGAGACCCGGCGUGAGCGCCCCUUCGACGGCACCACCAUGACCGCGCCCAGCGAGAGGGUGCAGUGCCAGUUCUGCGACCAGGACCCGCCCCAGGAGGCCCUGAAGACCUGCGUGACCUGCGAGGUGUCCUACUGUGAGGAGUGCUUGAAGGCCACCCACCCAAACAAGAAGCCCUUCACAGGCCACCGGCUCACCGAGCCCCUGCCCGACUCGCACCUGCGCGGGCUCACCUGCCUGGAGCACGAGGACGAGAAGGUGAACAUGUACUGUGUCACCGACGAGCAGCUCAUCUGCUCCCUGUGCAAGCUGGUGGGCAGGCACCGUGACCACCAGGUGGCCUCCCUUAGCGACCGCUACGAGAAACUGAAGCAAGCGUUGGAUUCAAAUCUCAGCUGCCUGAUUAAGAGGAACAACGAACUGGAAACUCUCAUGGCCAAGCUGAUUCAGACAUGCCAGCAUGUAGAGGUGAAUGCAUCACAUCAAGAGAGCAAGCUCCUCGAAGAAUGUGACCUCUUGAUAGAGCUCAUCCAGGAAAGGCGACAAAUUAUUUCUGCAAAAAUCAAGGAGGGAAAGUCUGUUAGGCUUUGCAAACUGGCACAGCAGAUUGGAAACUGCAAGCAAUGCAUAGAACGUUCUUCAGCCCUAAUCACGCAAGCUGAGCAGACAAUCAAAGAGACCGACCACGCCCGUUUCUUGCAAACAGCCAAAAACAUCUCUGAGAGGGUGUCGAUGGCAACAGCGUCUUCUCAGGUCCUGAUUCCAGAAAUCAACCUCAAUGACACCUUUGACACUUUUGCAUUAGAUUUUAGCCGGGAAAAGAAGAUGCUGGAAAAUCUUGAUUACCUUACUGCGCCAGACCCUCCUGGAAUCCGUGAGGAGUUGUGCACAGCAUCAUACGACACCAUCACCGUCCACUGGACGUCGGACGACGAGUUUAGCGUGGUUUCAUAUGAGCUUCAGUAUGCAAUCUACACUGGACAAGCCAAUGUUGUCAGUUUGUGUAAUUCGGCUGAUAGCUGGAUGAUCGUGCCCAACAUCAAGCAGAAUCACUACACAGUGCAUGGACUGCAGAGUGGUACCAAAUAUAUAUUCAUUGUCAAGGCGAUCAACCAGGCCGGGAGCCGCAGCAGUGAGCCAGGCACACUGAAGACCAACAGCCAGCCGUUCAAGCUGGACCCGAAGACGGCCCACAGGAAGCUGAAGGUAUCACAUGACAAUCUGACAGUGGAGCGUGACGAGACUUCCUCCAAGAAGAGUCAUGCGCAGGAGCGUUUCACCAGCCAGGGGAACUACGGCGUCACGGGCAACGUUUACAUCGACAGCGGACGGCACUACUGGGAGGCUCUGAUUGGAGGAAGCACAUGGUAUGCUGUUGGUGUGGCCUACAAGUCAGCACCGAAGCACGAGUGGGUGGGGAAGAACUCGGCCUCCUGGGUGCUGAGUCGCUGCAACAACACCUGGGUGGUGCGUCACAACAGCAAGGAGGAACCCAUCGAGCCCGCCCCCCACCUGAGGCGUGUGGGCGUGCUGCUGGACUACGACACCGGCUCCCUGGCCUUCUACGACGCCGUCAGCUCACACAUCCUCCACACCUUCCACGUCGCCUUCGCCCAGCCCAUCUGCCCCGUCUUCAACGUGUGGAACAAGUGCUUGACCAUCCUAACUGGCCUGCCCAUCCCCGACCACCUGGAAGCCACCGACCUGCAGGAUUAGGGUCACUUCCCAAUGGCAAACGAAAGGAAAGGGCCCAGGGAGACUCAAAAUGGCCGCCUCUCACUAGGGGUCCGAUUUGACUUUCGUCCGGUUUUCUGUAUGAAAAUGGGGAAAAAGCCAUGGCUUUAUAUGUUAUUCAAUGUGAAAAUAAUUGUGAUGAAUUAUUUAUGAAAACAUUGAUUAUUGUAUUUUUUUCCACUCUAAUGUUUUGCACAUGUUAUUGUUUACUAAUUUAUAUUUAUGCCUAGGUAAUUUUGGGGAGAUUUUGUGAAUGAUUUUUUGGGCUUUGGUCAUCUAAAAUGAACGUGAAACUGAAUUAUUAUAUUACAUUGUCUGGUUUAAUUUCUGUCUGUUCAAUAUUCAAUGUGUCAUUGAUUCUUGGUGAAUCUAAAAGAUGUUGAGCAUGAUACUUAGAGCAAAAAAGCAAUUUUAGUUUUAUAAGACUUAGCAGUAGUUAUUUUUUCAGUUUUAGGGUGACAUAAAAUGAACACUUUCAUACCUUGCAUUUAUCACCAAAUCAUGCAGUAUUGUUAGAUUUUCGCUGUAUUUGUUAGUAAUUCCAGCCCAAUUCUUUGCUGUGAAUAUGCCAGGUAUUCAUUCAUUUUAAACUUUUUCUUUUUUCUUUUGCAUUCAUUCAUAUUAUGCAUAACACAAAAGUCCACAAUAGUCUACAUUAUUACUACAUUAUUUUCAACAUGUGAUUUUCAAUUUGUGAUAUUUAGUGUUAACUGGGUAGUGCGCCAUCUGGAUUUGAAAUUUCAACUGAUUAGAACUCUAUGGAUAUAUAGGGGAAACAAUUGGUUUGCCCUGUGUGUCAUGGCUAUUAUGUUGAGACCAUUAUACUAAGCUCAAACAUAGGGAGGCAUGGUGUAGUUAACUUCUGUUCUUCUCUUUUGUAUGACUCACCAUGAUUUACUUCAACUGUUAUGUGCAUAAAAAGGGAAUCAGUUUAUCAUGUCAUUUAUCAUAUAUCAUAUGUGUACUCUCUGCUAUCCUGCAUGUACAGGUACAAUAGUUUAUCAUGAGAAAACAUGGGUGUGAGGAAGUGAAAUGGAAAUGGUGUCCUUUGAACUGAUAAGGCUGCCUGUCCUGUACGGACUUCAUUUUAAAAGGUCACAGACAACCACUGAAGCGGAAGUUCCACACUACAACGUUUUCACUGCUGGGUACUCUGAAGCACAAAAACAAUGAAUGACUAAUGGAAAAUUUAAGCAUUUCUCCUUAAGACAUCAAAUGUGAAACUGCCAAGUGUUUCCUUUAACUACACAUUGAUACUUGAUAUUACAUAGUUUUUGCACCUUAGUUGCUUAGCACAGUUUUCUAAGAAAGGAAAUGGCAAUGAGGCUUGCAGCAUACACAUUUGAGGUUGUGGAAUUUAAAAAAAUGACUGCUUGUACUUUUCAUGGAAAGAAACCUCUGGAAAGUACCGCCUAGAUGAAAAUUGGUGACUUGGAGUAAUUCCCAACUGAUAAGAAGCAAAGAUCGUUUCCCCUUUUGUCUUUUUUAUAGUUCACAUUGCUUUCAGGUUAGGAAUGAAUGGAUGUAUGCCUGUGCAUCUUUGUGAAAGGCAAAAUAAAAUAAUAUGGUCUAACUUA